AUAACAGCUAUUAAAUAAUAUUAAAUUUAAUUGGAUUAUUAAAGUGGCAAACAUAACAAACAAAUAAAUGGUGUAACAGUUUCUGUGUGAAGUAAAUGUGCCAAUAUUUAUAUACACACAUAUGUAUGUACACACACAUAUGUAUGAGUUUAUGUAAUUACCGACGAUUGGAGAAGUAAUUACUACUUAGUAAACACAUUUCUAUGUAUGUGUAUAUGUGAAUAAUCAAUUACGCAAAACAACAAUAACAGUUAAAAAAAAACCAAAAACAAAAACAAGUAAACAAAUAAAGAAAUCACCGCCAACAACAACAGCAGCGAUUGUAAAUACAUAAAACCGUUAUCAAAUCACACAAUGACCUGCCUGUCGGACAUUGAUCUGGCCACUUUGCAUAAAAGUCGGCUAGAGGAACGUCUUAACUACAAGCUGGCGUGGGGCGCGGCGACAACAAAUCGUCUAACCGCUGCAUAUCAUCCUCAUUAUCAACUGCAACAGUAUCAGCACCACCAGCUGGCGUUACAUCAAAACAACCAUCAAAAGCAACAACAACAACAGGCACAAAAGAGCACAGCUCAUUCAAGGAAUGCUGCUGCACAAAACAAACAGCAAAAGUCCAAACAACAACAGCAACAACAAAAACAAGUAGACAAAGAUAAGCAACAACAACACCAGCAACAGACUUCAGCCAUCAAUAAGUCUGUUGGUACUAGUACAAACACUUUGUCACACUCUCGUCUACAACAUCAGUCACAUGACGGCGGUAAAGGUAAAUUUGCCACCGAUGAUUUGCUAAAUGGAAAUUGUAUUGAAUUCUCGAAUAAAAUGCAACAUUUAAAUUUGAAUUUCGAUGAUGAUGCCUUGAGUGAUCACCAAAAGGUACAACACAAAAGUCGUAAGUCCUGUGCCGAAGAGGGGCGUCGACGCUUGCUGGAGGAUGGCCCGAAUUGUAAUUAUUUUACAGCAACAAAACGGCGACAGCGUUCGGGUACUUGGCCGCGCACCCGAAGCUUGAAUGCACCAUCGCCAUUCCAACAAUUUGGACCAUGUGGACGAAUAAUGAAAAAUCAAGCAGUGGUUAUGCAAAUACAGGAUCCCGCCAGUCAACGCUUGACCUGGUACAAACCACCGCUCACCGUGCUCGUCAUAAAGAAAGUGCGUGACACAACAGUGCUAGCGCCCUUCGUACAGCUGGUCGAAUGGCUGGUGCAGGAGAAGCAUAUGGUAGUGUGGGUCGAGUCGGCGGUGUUAGAUGACCCACUGCUAGUAGAGGAUAAGAAAUUUAAAAAAAUCAAAGAGAAAUUAGUGACAUUCAAAGAUGGCCGUGAUGAUCUAACUGAUCGCAUCGAUUUCAUAGUCUGUCUCGGUGGCGACGGCACACUGCUCUAUGCCUCGCUGCUCUUCCAGCACUCGGUGCCACCAGUGAUGGCAUUCCAUUUGGGUUCGCUUGGCUUCUUGACGCCAUUCGAAUUUGAAAAUUUCCAAGAGCAAGUGACCAAUGUGCUGGAAGGUCAUGCCGCGCUGACGUUGCGCAGUCGCUUACGGUGUAUUAUCUAUAGGAAGAGCGAUCGCAGCAGGGAGACGGAGAGUGAUUAUCAAGCGAAGAAUUCAUAUAACUAUCAAACAGAUGGUGGGCAUUACAGCACGAAGGGUGGUGAUGGCACCAGCAAGAAAGGCGAAACGAAUAUUUUGGUGCUCAACGAAGUCGUCAUCGAUCGUGGCCCAUCACCGUAUCUAAGCAAUAUCGAUCUCUUUUUGGACGGCAAAUACAUAACAUCGGUGCAAGGUGAUGGCUUGAUUGUUUCCACGCCCACGGGUAGUACAGCGUAUGCUGUCGCUGCCGGUGCCUCAAUGAUACAUCCCUCCGUGCCGGCGAUAAUGGUCACACCCAUUUGCCCGCACUCACUGAGCUUCCGACCGAUUGUGGUGCCUGCCGGUGUGGAGUUGAGGAUCUCCAUCUCACCAGACAGCCGCAACACCUCGUGGGUCUCCUUCGACGGUCGCAAUCGUCAGGAGCUGCUGCAUGGCGACUGCCUACGUGUGACCACCUCCAUUUAUCCGGUACCCAGUAUAUGCGCACAAGAUCAAAUAACAGAUUGGUUUGACUCCUUGGCGGAGUGUCUGCAUUGGAAUGUGCGCAAGAAGCAGAAAUGCCUGGAUGAGUUAUGUGAUUUGACUGCUUCCGGUUCGGAGGAUACACUCGAUGAUUUGGAUCGUGUCAACGACUCGAUUUUGGAUAGUUAGAUAAAGCAGCGUUCGGAGUGCAGUAAUGGGGUCGUGUUCAAUUUUUCGGAUGAUGAGUUAAAUGUUGUUGGUGAAGGAGAGUUGAACAAAAAAUUUAUGGAAAAAUGAAAUAUUUAAAUUUUGUAUUGCGCAAAUAAGUAACGAAAGAAAAAGGUGAUACUUAGGCGCAUAUACAUACAUACACAAAUAAAUAUUUGGCAAGAGGAAAGCGUGUGGUCUGAGCAGCAGCGUGUGCGUAAGCUUGUUGGAAAGCGCGCAUAUAAUGAUUAUUGUUUAUUUGUGCUUUAGCUUUAGCAACAUUUUAUAUACAUACCUACAUAUUUGUUAGUUGAAUGAAAGAUACUUUUUGUAGUAAGAAAUGUUGAAAAAAAAAUGAAACUGAAAACUGUAAUUAAAUUUGUUGCAAAUUAGUGUAGCAUAAUUUUGUUAAAUGAUUUUGAUAAACAAAAAAUUGCAAUAAAGAACAAGUUGAAUGUGUUGAGAGUUGAAGAAGA